AUGAGACGGGAUGCCGGCGCUACCUCCACCCCCUGCCAGACUUUAGGGCAAUCGCUCUUAGACCUGAGUGAGAGGUUAACAAUGACUAUGGAUGAAUUAAAAAAAAAAAUCAAAGCUCAAAACAAAGAUGCGCAUUUACCCAUCCAGGAAGACCACAUGCUAGAGCAGGGAAGCACAGGCCUGGUGUCGUCGUCCAGGCUGCCCUGCAGCUCUCUUUCCCCUUCACCAAUCCCAGAUCCUGGCAUCUACCCCAAGGCUGAUGAAAAGGUCAGCUCUAACCACGCCUUCUUCUGA